UCGAGCCCCCGCAUGCAAAUCACGUCCUCGCUCGCGCCUCUCCAUUGGCCGCCUCGCGCUCAUUUAGCUGCUGUCAGAGCGCGCGGUCCCGGCAAGUUCCAGUAACUUUUCCCUGUAAAGGCGCAGCUUCAGCCAAAGUCCGGUCAAAUAAAUCCUUCCAUUCCCCCUCAGCGCCCGCGGAUGACAGGGAGGAGGAAGAGGAGGACUCUGCACUUUUAACGGAGUGGAUUUUUCAGACUCUCCUUCCCUCGGUUCCCUUGGUUCUUUGGAGGCUGAAUGUUUCUGCUUGUUUGACUCUGUCCCACAAAGACGAGGUGAAUGUACAGCAUCAUGAUGGAGACGGACUUGCAUUCCCCCGUGGUGCCCCAGACAAACCCAUCCAACCCGGGGGGACAUGCGGGAGGGGGAGGCGCAGGAAAGGUCCCCCAGGAGAGGAUCAAGAGACCCAUGAAUGCCUUCAUGGUGUGGUCCAGGGGCCAGAGGAGGAAAAUGGCACAGGAAAACCCUAAGAUGCACAACUCUGAGAUCAGCAAGCGGCUGGGAGCGGAGUGGAAGGUGAUGACCGAGGCGGAGAAGAGACCUUUUAUUGAUGAGGCCAAGCGGCUCCGGGCCAUGCACAUGAAGGAACACCCGGACUACAAGUACCGCCCGCGGAGGAAGACCAAGACGCUACUCAAGAAGGACAAGUACUCGCUUGCCGGCGGACUCCUCGGGUCAUCGGGUGUGGGGAUGGGCGGUGGGCAGCGACUGGAGAGCCCCGGCGCGGGCCACGUGGGGGCCGGUGCGGGCUACGCGUCGCAUGUGAACGGAUGGGCGAACGGGACAUACUCGGGUCAGGUGGCGGCAGCGGCGGCGGCGGCUCACGCCAUGAUGCAGGAGGCGCAGCUGGCUUACACCCAGCACCCGGGGAGCGGAGCUCACCCGCACCACCCGCAUCACCACCACCCGCAUCACCACCCGCACAACCCGCAGCCCGUGCACAGGUAUGACAUGAGCGCUUUGUCUUACAGUCCCAUCUCAAACUCUCAGAGCUACAUGAGCGCCUCUCCGCCGGGAUACGGCGGCAUCACCGGCUACACUCACCAGCACCAGAGCUCCGGGGUCUCCCCUGUGUCCGGGGCCAUCGGUGGGACUCUGGGCUCUCUCGUGAAAUCGGAGCCGAGCGUCAGCCCGCCGGUUUCCACGGCGCGCGCCCCGCCGCCAUGCCCGACUGGAGACCUGCGGGACAUGAUCAGCAUGUACCUGCCCACCGGUGAGGCGGCGGGCGGCGACUCCGUGCAAAGCAGACUGCAUGUGCUUCACCCGCAGCACUACCAGAGCGGGGGCCCCGCGCCGGUCAACGGGACGGUCCCCCUCACGCACAUUUAAAACGUCCACGCGAACUGUGCGCACAUCAGACACAACCAAAUAUUUCCACCCUACAAGCGGGCUUCAGCUGCUCAUGGACUGUAAAUUAUAAGCGGCUCCAGCCAGGAAAAUGCAAUCACUUAAAAAAAAAAAAAAACUUUUUUAUUAUUAUUAUUUUAUUAUUAUUAUUAUUAUCAUUAUUUUAAAUCUACAACUGAUCUUUUUUUUAUCUGUCCUGGUUUAAAGAAAGCGCCUCAGAUUCCCUGUCGCUCUCUGGAGAAGAUGCCAACCUUUGACACGAUUUAAAUUAUAAUCCCUACAUGCUGGCGCAAUUUACACCUAAUUUUAUUCUCCGACAUUUCAGGAUGUUUUAAUGAGGGAAGCGUUUGAUAAAUGCAGAGCGGUGUGGAGGAAGAAGGGGUGAAAAAAAGUUUCAGGCUGCAGUUUAAAAUGAUUUCCACUUUUGAUGCUUGUAAACAUGUGAAUCAGUGUAAUUUGAAUUUGUCCCUGUUGUUGUAAAAUCUUGUAAAUUGUGAAUAAAUAGGCCUAGUGAAAGCGCUUUUAUGCAACUGUACACACAAUUUACAGAAAAAUGCUGAUCUACAUUUUGCAGCUGAAGACGGAGCAGCGCUGAGUUUAAUAAAUUGUCCAAGAGUUUGUUUGUCUCUUGGAGAAACGCUACAUUUUGUGUUAUUAUUUUUUGAUUCACGUUAAAGAAAAAAAAAAUGAAACCUUAAAUGUAAAGUGAUGUUUGCGUUCCUGUUAUAUAUUAAAUAUUUUAAACGUGAUACCAAUUUAUCUGAAGCCGGAUCUAUUCCAAUUAAAAUCAAUAAAUAUAUAUUUGCGCGGCAGGGGUAAAAAUAAUUAAGGUUUUAAAAGCAGUAUUUUUAAAUAAAGUAAAACAUUUGAUAAUUUGGUUAAAUGUUUAUAAGGCUCAUGCUUUUAAUAACCAUUUAAUAAUUCAGAAAAAAAAUAACUAAAGGUUUUAAUAAGGCCUAUAGAAAUACUGUGUCUGUAUUAUAUUUCCUGUCUCCAGUUUCAAAUGUAUUUUGUAGCAUAAUAACUUAUUUAAAGCAACAUUCCAGAAGAUGAAUACAUGUGAUUCAGUUUUUUAUGGAAGGUUUAGAAAACCCUACAAAUAACUACUUAUUUUGCAAAGAAAGCGCACCAAUACAAUGCAUUUAUUUUGCUUUUUUAUUUCAGCCAAAAUGCUUUUUAUAUACGGAUACCCUUUUUUAGAAUCAAUUUAAUUUGAGAGAAAAAUUUCUGAUCAGAUUAAAUCUUGUAUUAUUAAUAUUUUUCAUUUACUCCAACAAUGACCAGAUGUACUCAUCAUAUGCAUCAUUGUAAGGAUGCUUGAACUCACUUGUUAAAAUGGUCCUUUAGGCAAAGCAGAGCAUGUUUUCUCCUUUGCUACCUACCUGCAGGACAGUGACCUCUGCAAUCCACACCUCAAGAAAAACCCAAUCUGACACCAGCAUCUGGCGAUUGCUGCACAUUUUUUUCCCCCAGGUGUUCUAAAGUUUGUUUCGCCUCAAACUUCUUUCCACCUGAGUUCCUUAAAUUUCCCAACCUGCUCACCUCCAAAUUCUAGCGUUUGCAACUGUGUGUCUAAUUGCCACGGCUGUUAAAUGAUUUCCUUCUUUAAAAUUGAUGGCUGAAUCAGCGGAGGCCCCCGGGGGCAAAGAGAGGGGCAUGAAUGAAGGGAGAAGGCAAAGGGAGGAGGGGUUUUUUGUGUUCAGGGUGAAUGGGGAUUAGUCGUGGUGUAAGCCGGGGCAACCGCAGGGUCACAGCUGACAAAAAGCACAGCAAGCAACACCUCUGGUUCUAUCAGCGUAAUUCCCACUCUGAUCUGAACCUGAAAACAAGAGGGCAGGGAAACUGAAAAUCCAGUAAAGAUGUGUGCAGGGAUUUCCUCUAAAGUAGAACUGAAGAUAUUUCAUUAAUUCUUUAAACUAUUGAAGGCUAAUGUUGGAUAUUCACACUGUGUGGGUCCAUAAAAGACAGCAGGAGGCUUGCUAAAAGUGGGAUAAUCCAUCUUCAUGCAUCAGGAGCAGUCACCUCUAAUAAUGAGAGAAGUAUGGCUAAAAAUAACAGUGAUUUUUCCUUGCAAUCCCAACGAUCUGUCUCACUAACUUCAGCUCAAUUUUAUAUUUUACACACAGGUGCAUCUAAAAAGAAAAAAAAAAAUUUUUAAUCAUUCACUGAUUUAAUUUAACGACAUGAACAUAUUGUUCAUGCGUUCGCUGAUUCAUUAGUGCAUUCAGUAGCCAUGCUCUGAGAUCCUGUAAGCAUGCAUGGCUGCUCCCUGCAUUUGCUAUCCACUGUCAAUGUUUUCUUUGAUUUGUUAAUAAAUGGUUUGUUUGGAUGUAA